AUGUCUUUUGCAAAACUGUGCCCUAUUACCUUUGAUCAUGGUGUCCUUGCUCAAAGCAAGAAGAUCAUCAAUCAUCAUACUCAGAUUGCCAACCUUGUAUUUCUAUGGUCAUCCCUCUUCAGGGCUAUGACAAUCCAGAGGGCUUGGAUUCACCCCCUGAAACCUCUUCCCCUGUUCUCAAAGCUUUUGAUGCUUUGGUAUUUUCAGGGAAUGUCAGAUACCCUGUGCACCCCACAAUUCCUGAUAUUCCUUUCUCUGUAUGAUUCACAAAAUUUCAAGAGAAGCAGGAGGGCUUUCAAUCUCCAGCAAACCUUCCCUCCAGCCCUCUCUUCCAUAUGGCAAGUCAAAGAGGUUCCAAGGCAAAUGCAGAACACUGAACAAUCUUCUGUAGAAAGAGGAAGACCUGUCGAUACCAUCUACCCAUCCCACCGAUUGUGCUACCCUCGAAAUGCAAUACACAGUUGUAGCCUAAGCAAGAAGAUCCAGACACUACUGCUCUUGCAACAACUAUGGAGUUAUUAUACUUCUUUCCCUAUAAUGUUGGAAGCUGAGACCUCAACAUCUGCAAAGCACCAAGAAAAUUAUAUUCCACCUGCUGUUCCUAUCCCUCUUGAAAUGCAUGCUUUCACUGUAGCCUACAAUCAUAUGUUGGAUGCUAUGAGAGAUGUUGAACAAGUUGCAAGGCAUGCAUUGGAGGCCUGA